UUAUAAAUGCAUCAUUACAAUGUUUAGCUAAUACACCACCACUUGUUCAAUGGCUUUUAUGUAAUUCUCAUUUUCAAUGUUGUCGUGUUAAAUUAGAAAAACAAUUUUGUUUAUUUUGUGAAGCUGAACGUAUUGUUAAAUCAAUGCAUUCAAAAAAUAUAAAUUCAUCAUUUACAUCAACAGUUGGUGCUGCUAAUCCAAAUAAUAUUGUUCGUCGUAUAAAAGAUAUAUCAACAACAUUUAAAAUUGGUCGUCAAGAAGAUGCUAGUGAAUUUCUUAUUUGUUUAAUUGAUAAAAUUGUUGAUGCAUCAUUACGUUCAUUACAACCACCAGAACGUUUACGUCCAUCAUCUGGUACAUCAUAUGAACAAUUAUGUCAUUCACAAACAAUAUUUCAUGAUUUAUUUGGUCUUGUUUUACGUUCACGUGUUGUAUGUUCACGUUGUCGUCAUACAUCAGAUACAUUUGAAGUACAAUAUACAUGGAUUGUUGGUGUACGUAAUCAUACAGAUUUACGACAAUCAUUACAACAAUUUGUUUGUCGUGAAACAUUAUCAGGUGAAAAUUUAUAUCGUUGUAUUAAAUGUAAACAAUUAGUACAAGCUAUUAAACGAUAUACAUUACAUAAAGCAUCAAAAAUUUUAUUAAUUAAUUUAAAACGUUUUGAGUUUGGUAAAAAUUCACAUAAAUUAUCACAUCUUGUUCGUUAUCCUGAAUAUUUAAAUGUUAGUUCAUAUAUGAGUGAAGAAAAUUCAAAUGAUCAAUCAUUAAAUUACCGUUUAUAUGCUGUUUUAGUACAUGUUGGAUCAUCUAUGCAUUCAGGACAUUAUUUUUCUUAUGUACGUUCACCAAAUAAUCGUUGGUAUAAAGCUGAUGAUACAACAAUGACACAAUGUGAUUUAAAUCAAGUUUUAGCACAACAUGGUGCAUAUAUUUUAUGUUAUAUUAAAGAAACAUCAUUAACAAAUAAUACAACAAAUGGUUCAUUAACAACGACAACAAUACCACCAACAAAUAUAUCAACAACUACAACUAGUAAAAUUGUUUAUCAAAAUGGAAAAUUAAAUAACAGUGAACAACAAUUAACAACAAAUAAUACAACACUUUUUACACCACGUCAAAUACCUGUUCAAAAUCUUUCGAAACAAAGUAUGAAUUAUAGUUGUCUUAUAGAAUGA